GAUACUUCAUACCAACUCGUGGAGACUAACAAGAUGUUACGUAGCCUCCUUACAUGCGUUUGUUUGCUGCUAGGCGCUUACGCUCUUGAUCCGACCAACACGUUCGAAUAUGAAUACCACGUGGUGGCGAAAAUGGUCGAGUUUGACCUUUUCAAAGCGGAAACAGCAAUGAAAGUUGCAGCCUUAGAAAACCAACUGCAAAUGACACAAAAGACACUGCGCUCUGUGUCGAGGGAACAAUCUGGUUCCACGUACAUACGGUGGGGGAAGAAAACGUGCCCCAACAUCACGACGACCUCGCAAGUAUACAGCGGUCAAGCCGCUGGUGGGCACUACCAACACACCGGUUCAGCGGAGUACAUUUGUCUUCCCAUCGAUCCAGAAUAUGACACGCCUGCAGUCGAGGACAAGGAGCAGCAGGGCCGCUCUUUAAUUUGCGGUGCUGAGUACGAAACGAACUCAGGGACAUUAUUUGGACAUCUACACGACAGAGACGUGCCUUGUUCCCUCUGCUAUACUCGUGGGAAGACAACGGUGAUGUUGCCGGCAAGGACAUCCUGCUACAGUGGAUGGACGCUGGAGUACAGAGGGUUUUUGAUGUCCUCCGAAGCUAACCAACCGGGAAAGAACUACGUUUGUGUGGAUAAUGACCCCGAGGAAAUGAACGAAAGUCAUGCAAAUAAAAAUGGGGCGCUUCUCUAUCUAGUUGAGGCACGAGAGGGUUCAUUUGGAAAAAAUCCAUAUAAACCUGGCUGGGAGUUAUCGUGCGCGGUCUGUUCCACAACGUUCUAAUUAACGAUGUUGACCAUUCGCUUAAUUGUUAUGUUCCUUACGCUGACUAUCAUUUUUUAUAAAUAUAAAGAAUUGUAUUUUGACUUUGUCCUGCUUUAAAAACCGUUUAUAGCAUACGUAUCAUAUAAUAAUGUGCAAAAAGCGAAUAUGAAAAAAUAUUACAGUUAUUACUCUUACAAAUUAUUGUGAAAUGGAACUUAAUAUUCUUGUCACCGGAAUUUUGCCAUCUAAUGUAUAACUGGAUUUGUAUUUUUCGGUCGCACGUAAUAGUAUUGAUGUAUGUAUGCACGUGUGUACUUUUACUUGUAUUUCAAACAUUUGAGUAACAUUAUUGUUUGUAUGGAAUAACACAAAUAAAUGUAAAGUAAC